AUGGGCUACUCACCACACCCCAGUAUGCCGUCUUCCCCCACUGGAGGGCAAGGGCGACCGACUCGAUUGGCGGUGUUGACUUCGGGUGGGGAUUGUUCGGGAAUGGCACGUGCGCUGUUCUGGAGUACUGGCAGUGAAAAGGGGGAGGCUGAUGCUUGUGUGUGUGUGUGUGUGUGUUUUGGGGAAUAGAAUGCGGCUGUUCGUGCGGUGGUCAAGAUGGGCAUCUCGAGGUUCGUGACAGUUCAGUUUCGUUUCUCUACCGUGUCAAUUUGAUCGUCAUCGUGGGGGUCUCCUCCUCACCCGGGACGAGCGCGGAUCGACCCAAGACAAGGAAGGAGCGGGAGAUGGAUGCAGCGCCGUUCAGACCAGAAUGUACAUCUCGGAAUCACUCGACAGUCUUCGGGUUCGACGGUCGAUGCAUCAGAUCAGACGAGACGACGAUCACGGUGUCAAGCUCCGCCAGCCGCUCUCCGCCCUCGCCUCGCCCCACCUUGGGGAACACGAACCGUCGUCGGCCCACAUCCCGCGCAGGACGGAGGAUAAAAUCGCUGACCUUUUCGUGCUGUUCUGAUCGAUCAGAGGCUGCGAAGUUUACGUCGUCCGAGAAGGAUGGGAAGGGCUCGUGCGAGGUAACGAGAAUGAAGAACCGACCACGUCCCAGCUCACCACCUCGAACCUGACACCGUCCAACUCGACCAACGCGGCCGCGGGUUCGACGAACGCACGACCAACGGAGAGGAAGCCGAGUCGAGGACGGGGAGGCUUUGUCGCGACGUAUGGGGAGGGCGAGUUGCUGAAAGAAGGGGAGGGGGAACAAACGUUGAGAAAUAGGUUCAUCCUUAGGGUCAGUUCGGAGAGAGCGGGCUUACGGCUUUUGACAGUUGGGGCUCAUCCGUUUGCUCCCUACACACAGGUCGGUUGGGACGAUGUUCGAGGAUUCGCUUCCUUGGGAGGGACCUUGAUCGGCACGGCUCGCUGCGCCGCCUUUAGGGAACUCGAAGGACGCCGGAAAGCGGCCUUCAACCUCGUCAAGCAUGGCAUCGACGCCCUCGUCGUAUGCGGUGGUGACGGGUCCUUGACCGGCGCGGAUAGGUUGAGGGCCGAAUGGCCGGAUCAUGUCCAGGCCUUAUUGAAGAGUGGUGCGUGCUUUCACAGCGAGUCAGGUUUCGACGCUUGAACGUAAUAAUCUGAUGCAGCAAGUGUCACGUGCAGGUCAAAUCACUCCCGAGCAAUUCGAAGCGCAUCAGCACCUCAACAUCGUUGGUUUGGUCGGAUCGAUCGACAACGAUAUGGCCGGAACCGAUAUGACCAUUGGUGGGUGCGGACUCUAGAACCCUCCUGGGUAUUGAACGCUCUGUUUGGCUUUGUUGGGAGCUCGAAUCAUGCGGCGCAUCACAAUCCGUGCUCUGCUCGGAUUGUCCAAGCCCAAACCAAAGCCAGGCUGGGGUAUCCGCUAUUCGGGCGUGGAUGUUCAAUGGCUUUGCACGGAUAACUAAACUGACGCCAUGUUCUCCCCUCACGCCUCAGGCGCCACCACGGCUCUGCACCGAAUUUGUGAAGCCGUCGAUAGCAUCUCGUCGACUGCGUCCUCUCACUCUCGAGCGUUCGUCGUCGAAGUCAUGGGUCGAAAUUGCGGAUGGCUCGCCCUGAUGGCCGCCAUCGCCACCGGCGCGGACUACAUGUUCAUACCCGAACGACCACCAACGGCCGAGGACUGGCAAACGUCCAUGUGCACCGUCUUGGGUCGUCAUCGCGCCGAAGGCAAACGCAAGACCAUCAUCAUCGUCGCUGAAGGUGCUCAUGAUUGCAACCUCAAACCCAUCUCGCCCGAGGAGAUUAAGGAUGUCUUGACGCAACGACUGGGCCUCGAUACGCGAGUGACGACCUUGGGACACACGCAACGUGGUGGUGCGCCUGCGGCUUACGAUCGUAUCUUGGCGACGUUGCAAGGUGCCGAAGCUGUCGAAGCCGUCUUGGCGUCGACGGUCGACUCACCUUCCCCCGUCAUUGGGAUCCAAGAAAACAAGAUCCAACGUCAACCUUUGAUGGAAGCGGUGAAGAAGACCCAAGACGUCGCCAAGGCGAUCGCGGACAAGGACUUUGCCCGCGCCUUGUCGUUGCGCGAUCCCGAGUUCGAGGACUGCCUGCACGCUUUCCGCGCGACGACGAGGUUGAACGAGACGUACCGAGUACCGGAGAAACAGAGGAUGAGGAUCGCCAUCAUCCACACGGGUGCACCCGCGGGUGGGAUGAACGCCGCGACGAGGACAGCCGUACGAUACUGCUUGUGCCAUGGUCAUACCCCUCUGGCGAUCUACAACGGUUUCGUCGGUCUCUUGCACGGCAACGUCGCGGAACUGAGCUGGUUGCGCGUCGAUCAAUGGUCCACCCGAGGCGGGUCCGAACUCGGAACGAAUCGAGUCCUCCCCGACACGGACCUCGCGGGGGUGGCGGCCAAGUUGGCCGAAUACAAGAUCGACGGUUUGCUCAUCGUCGGUGGCUUCGAAGCAAUGGUAUCUCUCGAGCAACUCGAAAAGGGACGCAAAGAUCAUGCCGCCCUUCGUAUCCCCUUGAUUCAUCUCCCCGCGACGAUCUCCAACAACGUCCCCAUUACGGAAUGGUCCGUCGGCUCGGACACGAGUAUCAACGUCCUUGUCGAGGCUUGCGAUUCGAUCAAACAAUCCGCUUCGGCUUCGAGGAACCGCGUGUUCGUCGUCGAGACACAAGGCGCUGGAUGUGGGUACAUCGCCAUGUUGGGUGCUUUGGCAACCGGCGCGAACCUCGUCUACACACCCGAGAACGGUAUCUCGUUGGGCAUGCUCCAACGCGACGUCGAGUUCCUCAAGAAACGUUAUUCGCAAGACGUCGCCGGUAAAUCCGAAGGCCGUCUCAUCAUCCUUGCUGAAAAAGCUUCCAAGACGUACACGACCCAAGUCGUGACCAAUAUCUUUGCCGAAGAAGGCAAAGACUCGUUCGAUGCUCGUUCGGUCGCUUUAGGGCAUACGCUUCAAGGUGGGGUCCCUUCACCUCGUGAUCGAACGCGCGCUAUCCGUCUUACGGUCAAAUGCAUCGAUUUCCUUGAGAAACACCAUAAUCGGAAGUUGCAAAACCUCGCUCCCGAUCCUCAAGAUCCAGACGCAGCGACGAUCGUGAUCGAAGGCGCUUCGAUCCGCUUCGCUUCGUUGGAGGAGAUGGUCCAAGCGGCGGAUUUCAAGAAUCGAAGAGGGAAGGUGCAGUGGUGGACGAGCGCGAAAGAGUUGGUCGAGACGAUGGCGGGUCAGAAAGUGCCGAGUGAGGAGCUCGAGACGCCUUUGACGAGCCCGAGGACGGAGAAGAAGGAUCCGAAUGAGCGGUUCUCGAGGUUGUGA